GUAAAAAUAAUAAUAAAAAAUACUAAAUAUUCAGUUGAAUUUUGGCAUUGGUGAUUGAUACUAGUUAACGCGCCUCUGAAACAAUAAUCAAUAAUAAUAACGCUUAAUCAGUGUAAUAGAGAAUUAUGUGUAUCAAACAACUUUAGUGGUACUUGUCAGUAUCGCGUCUGUUAUUUAUAUUUUUCGUGGUCCGUGUUGUGUUAAAAAAUAUAAAUGAAAAUGAGGUUGGCAGGCACGAUAUUUAGCAAUGUUACAAAAAUGCUGGACUUUUAUUCGCAAUUUAACCCAUCUCCAUUAUCUAUAAAACAGUUUAUAGAUUUCGGUCUGAAUGCUUGCGAGAGGAAAUCCUACUUGUUCCUCAGGAAGGAGCUGCCGGUCAGACUGGCGAAUAUAAUGAAAGAGAUAGCGCUUCUCCCGGACAACCUCCUACGGAUGCCGUCAGUUGGCCUUGUGAACCAAUGGUAUGAGAGAUCCUUUGAAGAAAUUAUCCAGUUUGAAAAGAUGGACCCGGAGCAAUCAGUUUUGACUCAGUUCUGCGAACGUCUAGUACACAUACGCAAUCGCCACGCCGAUGUGGUCCAAACAAUGGCCCAGGGUGUCCUAGAACUCAAGGAGUCGCACGAGGUGGAUCCAGGCGUCGAGAACUCCAUACAGUACUUCCUCGACAGGUUUUAUAUGAGCCGGAUAUCUAUACGGAUGCUGAUGAACCAGCAUACUCUUCUCUUCGGGGAGCAAAUAGGCGCUAAGCAAGAAUCUGUGAACGGCAUCGGGAACGGUGGCCGGCACAUCGGGUCUAUUGAUCCGGCGUGUGAUGUGGCCGCAGUUGUGCGGGAUGCCUAUGAAAACGCAAGAUUCCUCUGCGAUAGAUAUUAUUUGGCGUCGCCUGAACUGGAACUGUUGCAAAAUGGAGUUCCGAGCGAUAGGCCGCUGCCGAUAGUCUACGUACCGUCUCACCUGUAUCACAUGCUGUUCGAGCUCUUUAAGAACGCAAUGAGGGCUGUCAUGGAGCUUUAUGAGAGCAACCCACCGCCUGUGACACUCAAUAUUAUUCAAGGACGGGAGGAUAUUUCACUUAAGUUGUCUGACCGCGGUGGCGGCAUUCCUCGCAGCGUGACUGAUCUUCUCUUCAAAUACAUGUAUAGUACAGCGCCACAGCCAUCCAAGUCGGACUCACAUAAUGUUCCACUUGCAGGUUAUGGCUACGGACUGCCAAUAUCGCGCUUGUACGCACGAUACUUCCAUGGCGAUCUGGUUCUUGUCUCGUGCGAGGGGUACGGGACCGAUGCCGUAAUAUAUUUGAAGGCACUUACAAACGAAGCAAAUGAGCUGUUGCCUAUAUUUAAUCGGACGUCAAGUAAAUUUUACCGACCGUCACCAGUGUUGGCCGAUUGGUCUGCGCCAGUUCAUAACACUUCAGGCAGCGGACGAAAGGACAAGCAGCCAUCUCUUUCACACAAGCUAUAGUCAGAGCGAGACGCCGAUACCACCGAUUAAGCGGCGUAAAAAAGUAAGUUUCGUACAAUAAAUUUGAAUAUUCAUCGUAGCUGUGUUUUCAAAAAUAUUUUUAAAUUUUAUAUUAUUAAAUGAAAUAACGGUUUUGUAUUUUAUAUAAUAAUUUCCUGACGUCUCUGUUUGUUUCGUAACUUUGAUAGAUAUUAUGAGAAUGUUGUAAAUUGCUCAAAAGUAUAAAAACAGAUAUUAGCACUCUUAGUCCAGGUCAAAUAUCUGGCAUCGUACAUAGAAAUUGUAAACAAUAUAAAAUAAUGUAUUAUAAAUUAUGAACAAUUUAUCUGCAAAAGAUUGCAGAACAGUUUGAGGCUGUGUUAGCCUAGUGGUACUCUUAAACUACCUUUCUGGGUUUUUGACUUGGACUAUGGGUUGCACCCUGUAAAAUAUUAAACAUUAAUGUAAUAAAAUUGUGAAAUCGCUACGAUGUGUACAGGUGAAAUGUGAUAGAAAUUGUACCAAGUAUGAGUGAUAAGUGUUGCCAUCUCGCUCUUAUGUAUGCCAAACAUCGUUAGAGCGAGAUAGUGUAAUGUGUAUUGUGAUUUUCUAGUGUAAGAGUUGGUGACUUUAAACUAUUUCUUGUUUAAUUGAUGAAAUUUAAGCUAUUUGUAAAAUAAUGGUUAUUAGAAUUUCAUAAAAUUAUUCAGUUAAUUUUUUUCUGUUAGUUUCCAUUUUUAACAUUAUUUCAAAAAUUUGAGAGUGAAAAAGCAAUAAGCAAAAAUACUCUUGAUUACAUACGCAUCAAGUACGAAUAGUCUUAAGUUGUGUAUAGACAAUAGAGUUAGGCGGAAAUAUAUGUAUUAAAGAGAAGUAAUGAAGAUACGUUUUAAACCAUUUUUUGUAUGUAGAUUCAUCUUGACCGGCUCAUAUCCAGCUUAAGUAGAUUUAAGAAUUAGACAUGCCAAAAUUCUAGUAAUAUUUCAAUUCCAAAAAAUUCGCACUUGGUAGCGUGCUCGCAGGAUACAUUGACUCAUAAUAAAUCAUAGAUUAAAUUGCUCGUAAUGUUUUUUCAAUAUUUAAAACCGGAAACUAUUAUUCUCUUUUUAUGUACAUUGUCAUGUGUCAAAAGGAUGUCAUACAAAGUAAUAAUAUUAAUUGGUGUUCUGAUAUUCUAUAGUUACAUAUAAAAAAAACAUUGUGAACGCACUAAUUAAAAUUUAACUUACCCGAUCCUGCGAGAUAAUUUGUGAUACUCGUUUUUAGAUAAUUUUUACUUAUAUAGUUGCAUACUUGAUGCCCUUAUGUUUAAAUACACACCAGAAAGAUUGUUAGUAUUCUGUUAAUAUUCAUGUGUAUAUUCUAUAUAAAUACUGGAAUAGCUUUAGAACGAUUAAAGCCAUUUGUGGACUUGAAAAUUAAGGAAUGUGAGAAGAAAUAAAAAGAAAGUUCAGUAAUAUCAUAUAAUAAUAUCUAGUUUCUUAGUUCAUAGCACUCGUAAUAUUCACUUAAAUAUCAUUUAUGCAACUUUUAAUGUAUUAUUUUAAAAUAUGUUUCUACUAUAACAUAGAUUUAAAAUAGUUUUAGGAAACAUGAUAUCAUAGAGUAAGUAUUGUUACGAUAUAUAUGUAUAGUGUAACUGAAAUAUCAGUAGGUACUACGUUUCAGUUGGGAUAAGCAAAAAAUAAAAAGCAAAAUAUAUUGGAUUUAUUUAAGUAUUUGGCGAAAUCUGAUUUAUCAACAAAUUUAAAAUAGUUCUUACAUAGAAUGAGUAUUUUUUUCACCUAAAAUAGUACAAUAAAAGUACAUGCCAUUAAGGAUUAUACUCUUAAACACUUUUUAUAUGUCCUUUCGUGCAUUUUAUUUUAUAUAUAAUGAUAGGCAUACAAAAGAGAUGGAUAUAUUUUCAUAGGUACAGAUGUAGGCUGUUUCACACAAGUACAAUAGGUUUAUACAGGCACAAUUUAUAGAAUAUUGUAUUGAAUGUUAAGAAAACAAUACGGAAUUUUACGAU